AUGCAAGUUACACAAACGGCAGUCUCAGCUGGACAUUUCGAAGCGAAGCUUUACCAUAUGGUAUUCGAGGAAGAGUUCGCAAGAUUCAAGGUGAACAGGAUUCGAAAGUAAAC